AUGACUUUCUUAUUACCUUUGUUGUCAAAUGAAGAGUGGCUAAGUUUCAUUAGUUCUGGUUCAAAGCCAGAUAAAAUUUGCUUCAGCACUAUUCCUAAUGUUAUUCCACCUGAGCUACGUCGUGCCACCAUCAUGUAUGAGUUCCUUGAAAUACUCAUGACAAAGAUGGAAGCUCCAUUUGAGCAGCUUUUGAAUCAGCUUGGGCAGCCUCUAACUUUAAUAAUGGCUUAUACAUUCCUACCUUGGCCUGUACGUGUCGGAAAUAGGAAAAAUAUUUCAGUGGCAUCAUUUUGGCCCAUGUCAGCCGCUACUGUUGGUCCUGCAAUUCUGUUCUCAAAAUUUGAAGAUAGUUCUUACACGAGAAUUACACAUGGUGGCAUUGACUACUUGAGAUGCGUAGAUGACCAAACCAGUAAAUCUGUUUUGUACAUUUCCAUGGGAAGCUUUCUUUCGUUUUUCAGUGCCCAAAAGGAUGAAAUUGCUGGUGGUUUGCAUGAUAGUGCUGUUCGAUGCUGGGUGGCAUGUGGAGAAACUUCUAGGUUGAAAGAGGUUUGUCGUGAUAAGGGAUUAGUAGUGCCCUGGUGUGACCAGUUGAGGGUUUUUCCUUUCCUCACCCACCCAAUUUCUGCAGAUCAACGCCCAACUAACAAGUUAAUAGUGGAGGAUUGGAAGGUUAGCUGGACAUUGGAGAAAGAGUAUAGGGUUGAAAAUCUUGUGAGAAGGGAGGAAAUUGGGGGACUUCUGCAGAAUUUCAUGGAUUUGGAAAGCAAUGAAGGAAGAGAGAAGAGGAAGAGAGUGAAACAAUUUCAGGAGAUAUGCCAGACAAGCAAUCUCCAAAGAUGGAUCAUCUGA